CUAGCCAGCAAAGCUGCCUCGCUGGUUACAGACAUUCACAACACGUGGGACCAAAAACCGGUGUAAGAGCCCUCAACCAUCUGUCCUUCCCACGUGACCGGUACCCGCCGUACUAAACAGAAAACAAAAUGAAGUAUAUCUUGGUGACGGGUGGUGUGAUCUCCGGGAUUGGAAAAGGGAUCAUUGCGAGCAGCAUCGGCACAAUCUUGAAAUCCAGCUCUCUUCAUGUAACUUCUAUCAAAAUAGACCCAUAUAUCAACAUUGAUGCAGGAACUUUUUCUCCUUAUGAGCAUGGUGAGGUUUUUGUGUUGGAUGAUGGAGGAGAGGUGGAUCUUGACCUUGGUAAUUACGAGCGCUUCCUGGACAUCCGUUUAACAAAAGACAAUAAUUUAACAACUGGGAAAAUCUAUCAGUCGGUGAUAAACAAAGAGAGAAAAGGAGAUUACCUGGGGAAAACUGUGCAAGUUGUCCCUCACAUCACUGAUGCAAUCCAGGAGUGGGUGAUGAAACAGGCCUUGAUUCCAGUGGAUGAGGAUGGCAUAGAACCGGAAGUUUGUGUAAUAGAGCUCGGGGGCACUGUGGGUGAUAUUGAAAGCAUGCCAUUUGUGGAGGCUUUCCGACAGUUUCAGUUCAAAGUUCGCAGAGAGAAUUUCUGCAACAUCCAUGUCAGUCUUGUGCCUCAGCCCAGUGCCACUGGGGAGCAGAAAACCAAACCCACCCAGAACAGUGUAAGGGAGCUUCGAGGAUUGGGCCUUUCACCUGACUUGGUGGUAUGUAGGUGUACCAAUCCCUUAGAUACAUCAGUGAAGGAAAAGAUAUCCAUGUUCUGUCACGUGGAACCACAGCAGGUUAUCUGUGUACAUGAUGUCUCAUCCAUAUACAAAGUUCCAAUUAUACUGGAGGAGCAGGGGGUGGUGGAGUAUUUUCGAAAGAGGUUGGAUCUUCCUAUUGGGCGUCAGCCUCGCAGGCUGCUGAUGAAGUGGAAGGAGAUGGCAGACAGGUAUGACCGAUUGUUGGAGUCCUGCAGUAUUGCUCUGGUUGGAAAAUAUACCAAGUUCUCAGAUUCCUACGCUUCUGUCAUCAAGGCUCUGGAGCAUUCUGCACUAGCUAUAAAUCAUCGUCUGGAGAUAAAGUAUAUAGAUUCUGCAGAUUUAGAGCCAGCCAUGUUGCAAGCUGAACCUGUACGUUACCAUGAGGCCUGGCAAAAACUGUGCAGCUCUGAAGGUGUUUUGGUCCCAGGAGGAUUUGGUGUACGUGGUACAGAGGGGAAGAUUCAAGCUAUAUCCUGGGCACGCAAACAGAAAAAGCCAUUUUUGGGAGUCUGUCUGGGGAUGCAACUGGCUGUUGUUGAAGUUGCACGGAAUGUUUUGGGCUGGGAAGAUGCCAAUUCCACUGAGUUUAAUCCCAAAACAAAUCAUCCAGUGGUGAUUGACAUGCCUGAACACAACCCAGGACAGAUGGGGGGAACUAUGAGAUUAGGGAAAAGGAGGACGAUAUUCCAGAAAGAAAACUCUGUCUUGAAGAGAUUAUAUGGGGGUCAUGAUUAUGUGGAGGAGAGACAUCGACACCGGUAUGAGGUGAAUCCAGAUCUAAAAGAACAAUUGGAGGCAAAAGGUCUAAAAUUUGUAGGACAAGAUAUAGAAGGAGAAAGGAUGGAGGUGGUAGAGUUAGAAGAUCAUCCAUAUUUUGUUGGUGUUCAGUACCACCCUGAAUUUACAUCUCGGCCAAUCAAACCCUCUCCUCCAUAUUUUGGCCUGCUUCUUGCCUCUGCAGGGAGACUUGCACAGUAUUUAGACAGAGGAUGUCGGCUUUCCCCCAGGGAUACAUACAGUGACAGGAGUGAAAGCAGUUCCCCAGACACAGAAAUAGCAGAACUCAAGUUACCAGUGUUAAAUCAUGAUUAAGGCUUCAACUCUCCACACUCAGGAUCUUUCUUCUGAAGAAUCCUCCGACUUGCUUUUCUUUUAAGUUAUAAGGAUUUUUUUUAUGCUUCAAAAUCUACAGACUUUUUGUAUGUUUAUAUUUUGUUUCAUGUCAACAAAACACACAUAGUCUUCUUUUUUUUUUAUUGUGAACUUUUUUUCUCCUUCCCAAUAUAUUCUAAGCUGUGAUCAGUAUUAAGAAAAACUUGGAGUGUCUCAGAAAGAAAGGGGGGGAGGAAAGGGGGGGACUACACAAGUAUUAAUACAGGAAGAGACUAUGCUUUCUAUGUUAUGUAUGUUAAAUCUAUUCAAAACCUACUUCUCUAAAUUAAACAUGAUGUACUGUAUAACAAUGCUGAA